AUGGGAGACAAUCCAUACGCAUGUAAAAUUAGACAAUUUUUCCAAGGUAAUACAGCAAAUGGCAAUGUAAAUCAUCAAAUGACGACCAUGUCGUCAAGCAACAUCAGCAACAGCACUACUACAAAUGAACAACAGCAACAAAUAUUACCAGAAACAACAACAUUGCAAAUCAAUAUGGGAACCGAAUGCAAGACUCUCAAUGUACCAAAGUCGACUUGUUACAAAGAGUUGUCAAAUUGCAUCAAAGAGACAUUUGGAUUAAACUCCAAAUCGGUUCUAAACAUCAAAUGUGAGAAUCAAGAAGGUGACAUGUUUAACGUAGCAUCUGAUUGUCAUCUCAAAAAAGCAUAUAGAAAGAAUCAAGAAGAACUUAGAUUAGUUGUAAAAGAGAUUACACCACACCAAGCAUGCAAGAAUUCAUUAUUUUCAUUCUUUGGAUUCAAUUGUCCUGAUACCAAUAAUAAUAAUAAUAAUAAUCAUAAUAAUAAUACUAUACCUACUAUACAUAAUAAUAAUAAUAAUAAUAAUACUAACAUAACCACUACCACCACUGCUAAUACUCCUUCAACCAGUACUAGUAAUAUUAAUAAUAAUAAUAAUUCAACACCGAUAUCCAUCGCACCAACAACAACACCUUCACAUAUCGGCGGUGGUGGUGGUGGAGCCAGUUUAUUAACCGGUGCACUUUUAGGCUACAACAAUCAUCAUCAUACCAAUAACCAUCAUCAUUCAACGGCGGUAGAGGUUGGAUCCAGUUUUGUUUCGAUGCAAUCGAAUCUGGCUGCACCAACCAUCGUCCAAGAUGCACCCAAUUUUUUUAAAUCCAAUAGUAAUGAUCAAUCGUCUGUAAUGCUUGAUUCUCAUCUACAACCACUUCACAACAAUAAUCAUCACAAUAACAAUCAUAAUAAUCAUAAUAAUAGCCAUCAUAUACAACAUAACAAUCAUGGUCACUUGAACCAUUUCCAUCAUCAUAAUAGUGGUGGUUAUCAUCUUGGUGUUCACCAUAAUAGUUUGACACAUGUUUCACCAAUGUUUAGAGGGUCAUCCAUUUCACAUACUCCUCUUUUACAACAACAAAAAUCAAUGUCUGGUUUAUCAUCCACUUUUUCUUCACUUUCACUUCAACAACAACAACAAAAUCAAAAUCAACAACCAACAACAAAGUCACAACCACAACAAACCAUUGCAACAUCACCAUCAAUGUCAAUACCAACCAAUAUUCCAACUCCACAAAAGAGAAACUCGCCAAACAAUCUAAUGUCUUCACCCAUCAGUUCGGGAGUCAAGUUGAAGGAACUUUUAAAGCAAAACCAACAUAAUAAUCAUUUGGGUGGUUAUGGUUCAUUGGUGUCUCCAUCACAACCAACACAGCCAACUCUUUCAUCAACUGUCAUUUCUUCACAAACUGUAGUGGCUCCAAACACUACCGCUACCACCACACCAGUAUCUCCAACGAUCCAGUCGAUUAAAGACCAAGAUAAAACUCAAAUCAAUAGAAACCAAUCAUUUGAGUUUUUGGCAGACGAGGACAACGAGUCGACUUCGUCCGUCUCGUCGUAUUCGCCUUCACUUGACAAGUCAACUGAUUCGGUCAAGAGUGUCGUUGAUGUCGUCGCAUCAUCAGAACCAGCCAUUCCAAAGUUGCCAAACGCAAUGUGUCCACUCAUGCAAAAGUUGACUUCUAGUGCCGACGCUAACCCCGCACAGUCCAAAGAGGUGAUGGAGUUUAUCAUGCAGAUCAAAAAGAAUUUCGAAGGGUUGCGUCUAACCAACGAUUUCCGUGAGAAGCGUGAGAUCAAGGGACGAAUCUGUGAGAUGAUCCAAACUGCCCGAGUCACAAUGCCAUGGAUCCUCAACAUCUUCCCACAGUUGUCUCAGUUUGCCUCGGAUACAUGUCAAGUGUCGGAUGUGCCCGUGCCACCCAACACACCACCUCCCUCUCCAACUGCCCAGUCUCCACUGGUCGAUCGUGCCAAGAUUGCUGAGCAACAGGCCUGUAUCUACCGUGUGUCGGCUGAAGUCCCCCUCGCACAACUUCAUUCACAUUUGCAGUUACAGUCCAAGCUCGAGUCGAUGGUUUGUGGUGGUGAAAAGUACCAACAACAAAUCAACACAUUUAAACAACACCAAAGUGAAAUGCAAGACAACAAUAAUAAUCAUCACAAUAAUAAUAAUAAUAGUAAUGGCGUAACGACACACAAGAUGCAAAUGGAUUCAUCAAAGUGUAUGAUGAAGAAUUUAAAGUUUGAAGGUCCAACCGUCCACAGAGGCACCACCUGUACAGUAUGCACACAAUCACCUAUUAUUGGCACAUUCUACUAUUGCUCUGUGUGCACGGGAUUCACAUUUUGUGAUUCUUGUCGUGCCCAACAAUCUAUCCACGAAUGUCCAAAGGCAAAUCAAUCCACUAUCGACCAAUCCAACAAUAUUCACCACCCACUCCACCGAAUCAUUGCAGUUACCAAAGCAAUGAAAUCAUGCAAUCUUACCUCUUCUCAACAACAACAACAAUUACCACAACAACAAACACAACUUCAACAACAACAUUCCACUUCAUCCUCAUCCUCUCUUUCACUUGUAAAUAACUCACCAAAACGUGGUUGUCCAUACAACCGUAAAAAGUUUAAAUGCACAUUUAAUGUAAAGUUUGUGGCCGAUGUCACGUUGCCAUUUGGAUUGGCGACCGAACCCGGACAACAACUCAUCAAGACAUGGCGACUACACAACGUUGGCUCGCAACUCCCCAAGGACUGUCUAUUGGUGCGUGUUUGUGGAAACACCAAGCUCGCCCAAAAGAUAUCCGUCCCAGUUCCAGCAGCACCAGCCGGCCAAACAUUUACAGUGUCGGUUCCCAUCGCCAUCCCCAUUAUCCCUUCAUCCUAUAGCGAAUUGAUUGUCGGUGAAUAUUGGCGUCUAUGUACAGGUGACGGUUUCUAUUUUGGUGAUCAAUUUUGGAUAAGUCUAGUCAUCAAAAAUACCCAACACAAUAAUAAUAACAAUAAUAGUAAUAACAACACGAAAAAUACCGAAAAUUUUAACGACAAGGAAAUGAGUGAUGUAUCAAUGGUUUGUGAUGGUCAAUCUUAA